AUGCACUCACCUCCUAGAGAACAGCCUGCCAUCAUGCUCUGGAAACUGGUUGAAAAUGUCAAGUAUGAAGAUAUCUACGAGAUGUUAGUCCACACCUAUUCCGCCAUGGACCGGCAUGAUGGAGUGCCCAGCCACAGUUCCAGGCUGUCCCAGCUGGGAUCCGUCUCCCAGGGACCCUACUCCAGCGCUCCUCCGCUCUCUCACACCCCAUCCUCGGAUUUCCAGCCGCCUUAUUUCCCACCCCCCUACCAGCCUCUUCCUUACCACCAAAGCCAGGACCCUUACUCCCAUGUCAAUGACCCCUACUCCCUAAACCCAUUGCAUCAACCCCAGCAGCACCCCUGGGGACAGAGGCAGAGGCAAGAGGUGGGAUCAGAAACCGGGUCACUGCUGCCACAGCCUCGGGCCGCCCUGCCCCAGCUCUCGGGACUGGACCCCAGGCGGGACUACCACUCAGUAAGGAGGCCAGAUGUCCUUCUACACUCAGCUCACCAUGGCCUUGACUCCGGCAUGGGGGACAGCCUUUCUCUGCAUGGCAUCGGACACCCAGGGAUGGAGGAGGUCCAGUCAGUUGAAGAUGCCAAUAACAGCGGUAUGAACUUAUUGGACCAGUCUGUCAUUAAAAAAGUUCCGGUUCCUCCAAAAUCUGUUACUUCUUUGAUGAUGAAUAAAGAUGGCUUCCUGGGUGGAAUUUCAGUCAAUACCGGAGAGGUUUUUUGCUCUGUACCCGGCCGCUUGUCUUUGCUUAGUUCAACUUCAAAGUAUAAAGUAACUGUGGGAGAAGUUCAAAGGCGCCUUUCUCCUCCCGAGUGUCUGAACGCAUCUCUCCUAGGAGGAGUACUUAGAAGAGCCAAAUCGAAAAACGGGGGGAGAUCUUUGCGAGAAAGGCUAGAAAAAAUCGGUUUGAAUUUACCAGCCGGCAGGCGUAAGGCCGCAAAUGUCACUUUACUCACGUCCCUGGUGGAAGGUGAGGCCGUUCAUUUAGCUCGGGAUUUUGGGUACAUCUGCGAAACGGAGUUCCCAGCCAAAGCUGUUUCUGAGUAUCUGAACAGACAGCACACGGACCCCAGCGACCUCCACUCCAGGAAAAACAUGCUGCUUGCUACAAAGCAACUUUGUAAAGAAUUUACAGAUCUCUUGGCCCAGGACAGGACACCCAUUGGAAACAGCCGGCCCACCCCUAUUUUGGAACCAGGCAUUCAGAGCUGCUUGACUCACUUCAGCCUCAUCACUCACGGCUUUGGGGCCCCUGCUAUCUGCGCUGCCCUCACAGCCCUUCAAAACUACCUGACUGAAGCUCUCAAAGGCAUGGACAAGAUGUUCUUGAACAACAACACUGCUAACAGGCACACAUCUGGCGAAGGACCAGGUAGUAAAACUGGAGACAAGGAAGAGAAACACAGAAAAUGA